CGUGACAGUGAGGGGGAACAUGAAAUUGUAUAUGAGAGGAAGCUACUGAAAGAGAGGAGCAAGGAUGAUCACCUUUUUACAGAUAAGGAAAAGUUUGUAACCGGUGCCUACAAGAAAAAGAUAGCAGAACAAGAAAAAUGGUUGGAUGAAGAGAGGCUGCGCCAAAUUCGUGAAGAAAGAGAUAAUUCAAAGUAUAUAGAAACACUUAUGGAGAAAGCAAAACAACGUGAGCGGGAACAUGAAAUUGUAUAUGAGAGGAAGCUGCUAAAAGAGAGGAGCAAGGAUGAUCACCUUUUUGCAGAUAAGGAAAAGUUUGUAACCGGUGCCUACAAGAAAAAGCUAGCAGAACAAGCAAAAUGGUUGGACGAAGAGAGGCUGCGCCAAAUUCGUGAAGAAAGAGAUGAUGUAACCAAGAAGAGUGACUUGAGCGAUUUUUACUUUGGGCUCGGUGAGAAUGUAGCUUUUGGUGCUCAGUCAGAAGAUGCCACAAAACGGAAGGAACAAAAGCCACCCGGAGGCACUUCAGUGGUACCUAAACAUGGCCCUACUGAGAAGAAUGCACAGACAGAUUAUACUCGGGAUAUAGAGAAAGUUGAUACUCAAGCCAAGACUUCUAGUCAUACACAGAACAACUUUGAACAUGCUGCAGAGUUAACAACAUCAGAUGUAACUGUAAAAGAUUACGAUGAUGGUGAUAAAUUGGCAGCUGUGGAUCAAUCAACUGAACGUUACACGAGAGGUGAUGAUGCAUUGGCUUCAGCAAGAGAGCGUUUUCUAACUCGAAAGAGAGCAAGACAGCAGUUGGAAAGCAGUUGUUUCGUCUCUAUUUAGCACUUAUAUCUGGAGUUAAAAUUGGUAUUCUCUGAUGCCAUUUAUAGUAACCUCAUCGGUUAUUUAGUUUUUGAGGAA